GCAAAUGAAGAGACUAAAUAGGCAGAUUUCUGGAGAAAUUGCUCUAAUACACUGCAUGAGUUGCAGUUAAAGCUCUCAAUCCGUGCUUAAAUCUAAUGCAUCUUGGCUUGCAGUGUAUGGUGGAGUGUUGCACUGCCUGAUGCAAAAAGCAUAAUCAUGUUGAAAGUCUAAACCUCUUGUUUUUCUUCUAAGCAGAAUCAGUUAUAUCUAUUUGCUUUUGCUUUCUUCAAUUGUGCAUACGAACAACAUAGAUUCUAUUGUUUUUCAUUUUCAGCAGUAACAUGCAGCAACCUUACAGAAUUUUGCAUUUUAGCUGUCUGAACUUUAUUUUGUUUGUAUUUUACCUGUACCAAAUACAUGCAGAAUUUUGCAACUUGACCAACGAGAAGGAUUAUCUGAGAGAGGAAAGACACGAAGAAAAGAAAAAAUGGCUGAAACUGCUCUACAAUUUGUUCUUCAGAAGCUGAACUACUGGAUUGUACAAGAACAACAGUUGCUCGGAGGGCUCAGGCCUGCUAUCAAAGAUAUCAGAGAUGAGCUUGAGUGUAUUGCAGAGUUUAUCAGAGAAGCCGAUGCCGGUGAAGACAAAGAUGGCGCAAAGGCCUUCAUGAGACAACUAAGAGAAAUAGCAUAUGACAUUGAAGAUCACCUAGAAGACUACACGCUUCACUUUGGCCAACCACAAGAAGAUAGAUGCUUUGGCAUGCUGAGAAGAAGUCUACAUGACCUCAAGCAUUGGCGUUCCUGGCACAGGAUGGCUACUGAAAUACGGGAGAUCAAAUCACGGGUUCGCAGCAUCUCAGACAGAAGAAAGAUGUACAAAUUUAGAACAACAAACUCUACCGCUUCCAGAAACAUAUUGCAUGAUCGACAUGUAGCAGCUCUGUUCAUGGAUGAAGCUGAACUGGUGGGCAUCAGCGAACCUAGAGAACAGAUCAUCAGAUGGCUAGUAGAAGGAAAAUCAAAUCUGCAGGCAAUCUCAGUGGUGGGCAUGGGUGGUUUGGGCAAGACGACUCUCGUUAGGAAAGUCUAUGAUGAUGAAAGAGUCAAAGCCUUUUUUACUAGCCAUGCUUGGAUUUCUGUCACCCAGUCUUACACGGAGGAGGUGCUUCUUAGGAGCAUCAUAAGUCAACUCUACGAGGAAAUACACGAGACACUUCCUGCUCGGAUCGAAACCAUGGGGAUCAUUCAGUUGAUUCCUACACUGCGGCAUUUUCUCGAACACAAGAGGUACAUAAUUGUCUUCGAUGAUAUAUGGCAUAUCCAUGCAUGGAAUUGCUUCAAGUUGGCACUCCCAGAUGAUCAUUGUGGCAGCCGAGUUCUCGUCACCACAAGGAUUGGGGAUGUGGGUCUUCACUGCCUAGAAGCUUGUGGCCAUGUCUAUCAACUAGAACCUCUACUUCCAGCAGUUGCUUGGUCACUGUUCUGCAAAAAGGCCUUCAGAUCCCUCCCUGGCGCAGCCUGCCCUCCAGAGUUGCAUGUUAUUUCUCAAGAAAUAGUGAGAGUGUGCGAAGGGCUGCCCCUGGCAAUCGUGACGCUGGCUGGUCUCCUGUCCAAGAAGAACAGUCUGUUGGAAUGGACGACGUUGCAUGAUAAUCUUCACGCUGAGUUAGCUAACAAUCCGAAGCUCGAAACUAUCAUGAGAAUUCUCCAGCUGAGUUAUAAUGAUUUGCCUCACCACCUCAAACCAUGCUUCUUGUACUUCAGCAUCUUCCCGAAGGAGCGCUCAGUCAGUCGCAUCACUCUGAUUCGUCUGUGGAUGGCUGAAGGAUUCAUAGAAACUGAUGAAAGUGAGAGCAUGGAGAGAGUGGCAUCAGAGUAUCUCGAUGACCUCAUUGACCGAAACAUGGUCGAAGUGACAGAGCAUUAUGACUACGGAAGAGUGAAAAAUUGUCGAGUGCAUGAUCUUUUCCAUGAGCUCAUCGUCUUCAAGUCAAAGGAGGAGAAUUUCAGCACCUCAUUCAUCAGGCAAGGUAGUCAAAUUCAAGAGAAAAUUCGACGUCUAUCGACACACAACAUCAGUGAGCCUUUACUGCAAGGUACGGACUUGUCCCAUCUUCGAGCUAUUUUUGUGUUUGGGCAAAAUGCUUCUGCUAUUUCUUCCCAGGCCAACCUCUUCAGUAGACUCAAGUUGUUGAAGAUUCUGGAUUUGAGUGGAGCACCGAUCGAAAGCUGUUCAUUUGAAUUUGGGAACCUUCCUCAUUUGAGGUACUUGAGCUUCAGGUACACAAGGAUAAAGAAGCUCUCGAAAUCUUUGGGAAAGCUCAAGAACCUUGAAACCUUAGAUCUAAAAGGUACCUAUGUUACUGAAUUGCCAAAGACCAUCCUGAAUCUUCAAAGACUGCGGCAUCUUCUCGCUUACCGCUACUACACUGAUGAUGAGCCACCAUUGUAUCAUGUAGUCGGUAUGAAGUUGCCAAAAGGGAUCGGUGCAUUUAGAGAACUACAGAAGCUUGCAUACUUGGAGAUGAAUCAAGAUGGCAUAAUUAAAGAGCUAGGAAGCCUAACACAGCUAAAGAGGUUGGCCAUUGUGAAACUAAGAAGAGAGGAUGGAGCAAAUGUUUGUUCUUCAUUGGAGAAAAUGAAACAACUAAAAUCAUUUUCAGCAUCAUCUUCACACAUGGGUGAAUUUCUCCAUCUGGAAGCUUUGAAGUCCCCUCCACCUUUCCUUGAACGAUUGUAUUUUAGAGGGCCGUUGAGGAGUUUACCAAGUUGGAUUAGCUCGUUAAACUCCCUCAUCAGUUUGAGGCUAAGGUGGUCUAGAUUGCCAGAGAACUCACUUGGAAUUCUCGAAGCCCUUCCGAAUCUACUCGAGCUCGUCCUAGUCCAUGCAUAUGUUGGUGGCCGAUUGUUUUUCCACAAAGGAGGGUUUCAAAGGCUUAAGGUCCUGGAUUUAGAACAGUUGGACAGCCUGAACUAUGUUAUCCUGGAUGGUGCUAUGCCGAACCUUCAGAUCAUGUACAUCAGAUCUUGUGCACAACUAGAGAUGGUUCCCCAAGGAAUUGAAGAAUUGAUACAUCUCAAGGAACUCCAUUUGUUCGACAUGCCCGAAGUGUUCCUGCAGAGGUUAUGGAGGCUGAAAGGAAUAGAUCAUCCAAAAGUCAAUCACAUUCCAAUUGUAAGAUCAUACGAUGAUCAAAACCGUGUUUAUGAGAUUUAGCACUUCACAACUGAUUGUUUGGGUUACAGUCAUGGUUUCUAUAUAUGCUUCAUCUUCAUCUUCAUCUUCAUCUUCAUCUUCACAGAAGAAUGCUGUUACAUGUUUAAAUGUAGACUUUUCUAAUGCAAGUGAUGGUUGUAAAUAUUGGCUUCAGACCACUUUUUUCAGUCUGAUUCCAAACUUGUUUCAGUAGAUAAUGGUUCAUCUGUAAACAUGAUGUCGUUUCCAUGUUGUGUUGACUUUCCAUAGGUUUACGUUGAAGCAUGCAUUGUAAUUUGAAGAUUCAUGUAAAAU